AUUUGGGAGUAUGAAAAUGUUAUCCAAAUACUACUCAAUCGAUUGAGAACUUUCUGAGCAUAUCAAUAGUAUAAAUGCUUUAUACUCUUGUCUAUGAAAAGAACAUUAUUUCUUCCUACCCUCUGCUUGUAAAAAUAAAUGUGGCACUUAGAAAAGAGUUACACAUGAAAUAUAUUUUUUGUGCCUCGAAACAUGUUGUUUAAGCUUUGCAAUGAAUGAAUCAUCCUCCUUGCAAUUGUCAGAUUCUUCUGCUGCAAGGGCGAUGUGGUGCGGGAAGACUGCAAGAACUCCCGAGGCACUUGUCAUUGCUAUCGAUUAGAGCCCUGCAAAGAAACUUACUUACCUGCCUCUAAUGCCUCAUCAUCGACUAUACAAUUCCCCCCCCCCUGCAUUGUGAAAGAAAACAAGAAGCAGAAGAAGGCAGACAACAGUACAGAGGUGGUAAGAUGGGAAGAGAGGAACAGCAAGGGAGGGGAAGAGAGCCAGGGAAGAGGCAGUGCAUGGAAAGGGCAGCAACACGACGACUCUGUUUCUGACCCCAUCCCAUGCUCUACCUCGUCCCCGUCUUGCGCCCGCCUCCCUCCCUCCCUGCAUCCAUUUGCGCUCACUUUGUGGUUGCCAUUGCUCCGGCUGUGGAACCGACAUGAGCUUUGCCGCUUCCAGGGAUGGAUAUUUAUGCGGCGCUCACAGGCUGUGGACUUGUACUGCCGUUUCUUCGUGGAUUUGAUGGUACCACUACUUUCAAGUACCAAACCCGUGGCUGCACGCGUCAGUACAAGGAGCUCAACCUGUACUGCAGCCGUCUCUUUUGUACUAUUUCGUUGAAUUUGAUCACGCAGCUUCCGAUUCAUCAACGAAUAAUCUUGUGAUAUGAUACUAUUAAUUAAUUGCUUACCUUUCAUGGGCUGGCUUAGGUAGAGAAGGGUAUGUCCUCAGAUUGGGGCUCCAAUGAUGUUAACUGGGCCGGGGUAGGAAGGGAUCAAAGGCUGGGACUCGUGGGCACGACGAGUGAUCUGUGCUCUCUCCGGCUUCAUCGGAUCAUGCCAAGGCCCUCGCCCGCAGCCUUUCUCUCUCCCUCUCUCUCUCGCUUCACGGACGCCAAUUCCGUCGGCUAACUCAGGCAAUGCAGGCUCUUUAUUGGCAUCACAAGAGGCUUGUCAAUCUGCCAUCACAUUCUCGCUGCCUCUUCAUUCAUCGGUGAAAAAGAAAGAAAAAAGAUGUUUAGUUUGAUGAGCAUCUCUUCUUAUUCAAGGAUGUAAAGGAUAUUGGAUGGUCCGAAUGCCAUCGAAGGUAAGAAGUGAUUGCAAAGAGCUUUCAUUUUGCAUGUGGAAAGCCAUGUCAUCAUCUACAAAGGGACAAAUUUCCCGUGGGGAUGCAGUGAGACCACAAGAAAAAUAAGGAGAUUGCAGUGGAACCAAGACCCCACAUCAAGAUUUUGCAGACACUCCUGCUUGAUUACCUGCACAACAGAUGCUUGAGGGAUUGCUACAGACAAAACUGGUGUCUUCCGUCCACUGGCAGGGAUCAAGUGGGCAUUCAAUUUGGUCUGCGUUGCUGUCUGGUGAUCUGCAUCUUCUCCACUUGUUGUGUUUCUCAGUACAUAUGGGUGCACUUGGAAGGGACUGUUGCUGGAUUUUGUGAUCAGUGGGCUUGUUUUGUUGCGUGCAGUUCUUGUUCUAGUUAAGCAGUCGGAGAAAGAACAUGUGGCAAAUUACAUGUGAAUAUUAUCGAUGGUUCCUUAUUAAGGGCUAAGCAUGUGAAUGACCGGUACUGCCAUAUAAAACUUGAAUCCAUGUGAAAUUCCUUGGUUUACAACACAAUGGUUACAUUCUUAUAGAGUUUAGUAGCUGACAAAAUUCUGUGGGCGGCCAUCAAAUAAAAAUAUUAGUGGAGUCGGAAGAACUUAAUGAUUAUGGUGGAAGAUCAAGUCAAAUGGUUAUGAGAUGGGUUAAGUAAAUUAAGAAGUAAGUGGAGUAAACUUAAUGGUUGUGGCCUUAUAAUUCUUGCUAUUCCAUUUAGCAGGGAUGAAGACAGUUGUUGGGGUAGUACAGCCAAAGUUUUUUAUCCUGGAAAAUGAAUUGGACAUGUAUCAGAGACACAUGACAAGUAUUUCAGGUGGAUGCUGUAGUUGUUUGCAACCACACCAAAAUAUAGGUAAAAAGAGUUAACUUGUGUUAAAGAGAUGGACAAAGGGUUAAAUUAGACUUGUCUCAUGGUAGUUAGCUCAAUUUUGUCUCAAUAUGGAUAUGUCUUAAGCUGAGGAGGUGUGUGUAAUGUUUUAUUCUAAUUGAUCUUUUUCUUAGAUGGUGGCAGGAUUAUUUGUUUGUUCUUCCAUUAUAUUCCUAAAUCAUGCAAGAGAUUACCCAUUGGCUUUGUCGGGUCAUCAUGAGGAAGGAAUUAAAGGAAGUUUCCAUAGUCCAGAUCAACUGCAUCCCAUUAUGAAAGUAAAUAGUCCAAAAAGACUGUUCCAAUUGUCCUUUUUCUAUUCUUAAUUUCAUGAAUGGGAAUCCAAAGACUCUAUAUCUUUUCUAUGUUUCUGCUGGUGGGAAUUUUUAUCAAUGAAUAUAGUCUUUACAGCAUGCAGUCAUUUUUUUAACUGACUGUGUCAUCAUCCCUGAUUCCUUGGCCUGAUAUUUAGUAUGAGCUAUGCACUUGUCAUUAUACCCAUUCUUUAAAACACUUCCUCAUGUUAUCAAAUCUGUAGUUUGUGGUGUCUUUUUCCUUUCCUUAAUAAGCUUACCUUCUCACUUCAGGGCCAAUAUCAACUUGUUAUGUUAUCAGUUGCACAGAGACUAAGUUUUCUUCCUACCACAGAAACAAACACACUGAUCUUCUUCCUGCAUCAUGUCAACCUCCCAAACCCCACAGCUAAUCCUUCUCCUUUGAUUACAUUCUCUGUGCACAUAAACUACUAAUUUUUUGGCGGUCACUUGAUCUCAGCUGCUUUGAAGUUAUUAGUUGUUAGUUCCGUGGCUUGUGCAGCAUCCAAAAGCAACUGCUGCACCUCAACUAUUAGUCAACUGUUGAGCCACUGACCAAUUUCAUAUCUUUCAUCGUCCUCCAUGCUUACCUGCUUCUCCGUCUUCUGCUCUAUGGUGAGAAUGAUCUGGUGAACUCUCUUGCCUAACAAUCACAGCCUUGAAGCAGCCCUUGCACCAGAGAGAAUCAUGAAGCAGGAGCUUUCCACUGCUAAUCACAAGGUCUCCUCGCCAGUGUCAUCUGCAGGUCGAGCCAGAGUUUCCAGAAUGAAGGAUAGUCCGAGAGCAGUUACAGCUAAUGGAGCCUCACCGGGCUCGAGGCCAAGGCCAAGCAGCACCAAUGUAGCUAGAAAGUCUAUCCAAUUCAACAAGCUAAGGCCGGUCGUCAAUGAUGUGAGAAUUCCAAAAGAAAGGAGUCACGAGGAUGCCAAGGUUGCUGGUCUUCAUGGAAGCCAGGUUGUUGAGCAGCAUGCUCGGUUGCAGCGGAGGUUGGAAUCAAACUUUAAGGGGCCUGAGGAUGGAGCCAGUACAAGGAUCAAAGAGUUGCAGGGUAGACUUGAUGAGAGUGAGAGAACGGUGAGGGACUUGCAAUCUGAGGUGUUGGCACUGAAAACUCAGAUAGAGAAGCUGCAAGUCCUCAAUGUUGAAUUGGAGUCACAGAAAAAAAAACUAGAGAAAGAUCUCUCUGGUGCUGAAUCAAAAAUUAAAGCUUUAGAGAAGCAUGACCAGGUGGAAUCAGUCAGAAAGUCUGGAUUUAUAGAUGUAUUGGAGGUUGUUCCUCAUAAGUCAGAAAAUACUGCAGAAAUGGAGGUUGGAAGACAUGAUAAUUGCAAAAACCAGUCUUCAGUACUGAAUCCUAUCACCAGAGCUGUAGAAGUCCAGUUGGAAGUUUUGGUCGAGAACCAUUUUCCAGCUUUGGCAUCUCCCCUAUCCCCUAUUGCUAGGGCGCCACCGCCACCACCACCACCACCUCAUAAUGCACAAGGAAGAGUGACAAUGCAUAAGGCUUCUGCACUAGCUGAAUUGUAUCAUUCAUUGACCAAGCAAGAUGGAAAGCAAGGAUCCAUGAACAAUGGCAGUUGUGCCAGUCCUCAAUCUAACAAGGCACAUCUUAGCAUUGUUGGGGAACUUCAACAUCGAUCGGCUCACCUAUUAGCGAUCAAAGCAGAUGUGGAAACAAAACGGCACCUCAUCAAAAAUCUUAUAGAGAAGGUGCGAUCAGUGUCUUUCGCAAAUAUGGAAGAAGUCUUGACUUUUGUUGAUUGGCUUGAUGGAGAGCUCUCCACCUUGGCUGAUGAGAGAGCUGUUCUGAAGCAUUUUGACUGGCCUGAAAAGAAAGCUGAUGCCCUGCGCGAGGCUGCCUUUGAAUUCCGUGAUCUGAAACGGUUAGAAGCUGAAGUCUCUUCUUUCAAGGAUGAUGUCUGCCUACCAUGUGAGGCCACCCUAAAAAAAAUUUCAAACUUACUAGAUAAAUUGGAGCGGAGCGUUGGUAGAUUGAUUAAGUUGAGGGCUGCAAGUAUGCUGUUGUAUAGCGAGUGCAAAAUUCCAACUGAUUGGAUGCUAGAAUCUGGGAUGGUUUGCAAGAUGAAGCAGGUAUCGUUGCAACUUGCAAGAGUCUACAUGAGGAGAGUGUCAAUGGAGCUUGAAUCAGUUCGGCCUUCAGAAAAGGAGACGGCACAAAAGGCACUUCUCUUUCAGGGGGUGCGUUUUGCUUACAGAGCACACCAGUUUGCAGGAGGACUGGACUCUGAAAUGAUGUUCACCAUUGAGGAGUUAAAGAAGAGGGUUGAGUCACGGGGUAGAGGACAGUAGAGGAACUUCAUGGUACGACCGUGCCAGUAUAAUAUGCGCAUCGAAGAUCAAUUCAAUUCUGGUAGUGAAGAGGGAGGCAUUAUGGAGCUGAUGGACUGAGGAUCCUCUGUCAGAACAAAAUUCUAGUCCUGUUCCAGUUUAAAUGAUGGCAUCCGAGGGGCAUCAACAACAGUUACACCAGACGCUUGUGUCCGAAAGAAGAAUAUCCAAGGAAUUUGAUGACCUCAACCGAACCAAAGAAGUAAAUUUUCGUGUGACGACUUCACAAUUUUCAAGCCGCUUUUCAAAGGGAUGGACAACAGCGCAAUGCACUGCAUUUUCUGCAACUAAAAGGUUAUUUUGUGUGUGAGCUCUUCGCCAUGUAUUUGUCCAAAAAGUACGUGAACAUUUGAACCAAGUGGUAAUCUUCCACCAGCGGAUGAGAUGCAUGAGCGCUCUUGUCUAUGUGUCUGUGUCAAAAGUACUAGUGUGUUGUUACUUCCUUGGAACUCCCUGUUUCCAUGUCUCACUUUCAUUCUGUGUUCCUGUUUGACUGGUUAGCAAAGUUGGAGAGUCAACCAAAGUUUACU